GUAGAUUGAAAUUACACUCCCUUGUUUAUAUUUUUCUCGAUAUAUACUGUAUACAAAUGAAUAGAAAAUACUUGGAUCGUCGAUCAUACUCAUGGUCCGGAUCACAAGCAAGACCAUACAUAUGCGAUUUUUGCGAGAGAGGUUUCUCUAACGCACAAGCUUUAGGAGGGCACAUGAACAUCCACAGAAAAGACAGGGCAAAACUUCGACAAGCGAACCUGAAAGAAGAAGAUACUGAAGAAGCCACCACUUCGACAAAUCAGUUAGAGCAAGAGCUUAUUGAGUUACCGUUCUUCGUUGAUACGGUCCGUCGACCAACAACAAAAGAAGAAGAUGAUAAAAGCGACAACUGUGUAAGAGAUGAAGAAAAGAACAGAACGAGGAUACUUGAAACGGCUUUAUCUCAAAGUGCAGAAGUGAUAGAUCUUGAGCUCCGGCUAGGAUUAGAUCCUUAUAAGAAAUCAACAAGUACGUAAAUGUUUGAAUAAUUUAAUCACCAAGUAAUGUAAUUAUGCAAUGUGAAUAAUUUCGUUUGACUAGCUAGAUAUUGAUUUGUUAAU